AGCUUGUCAAUUGUGACAUCCGCCAUUUUUAUCACGUCAAUUAUACUUGUGUAUCGUACUUACCGCGGAUUUUCAUCAAGCUUUUAUUGCGCUCCUGUUGAUCUAAACCUCGUUUCCAUCUCAUAAGCUGUUGGGUUCCUCUCCUCGAGGACUGGUGACGUCUUCCGAUCCAAACGAAAAUCCAGUUGCAGCUCACGAUGAGGCCUAGAAGUGGUCGCAGAGACCGAAGGCGAUCUAGAAGCCGGGAUCGUGGCGGUCGGGACAGAGGGUAUAUGGGUGGAGGAGGAGGAGGAGGCGGUGGUGGCGGUGGCAGACGUAACCAAGCAGGAAGCAACCUGAGGAAACCGCGAUGGGACCUCAGUCGAUUGGAGCCCUUUAAAAAGGAGUUCUACGUACCCCAUCCGGCAGUGGCUGAACGGCCCUGCUAUCAGGUGGAAGAGUGGCGUAAAGCCAAAGAAAUCACCCUCAAAGGAAAAAACAUCCCCGAGCCGGUGAUGAGCUUUGAAGAGGCAGGUUUUCCUGACUACGUGAUAGCGGAGUUGCAAAAGUCCGGAUUCAAGCAUCCCACUCCCAUUCAGGCGCAAGGCUGGCCCAUCGCCCUCUCAGGCAAAGACAUGGUGGGAAUUGCCUCAACAGGGUCAGGCAAAACGCUGAGCUACAUCCUACCGGCCAUCGUCCAUAUCAGCCACCAGGCCAAGCUUUCCAGGGGCGACGGGCCGAUAGCCCUCAUUCUGGCCCCUACUAGGGAGUUGGCUCAGCAAAUCCAACAGGUGGCCAACGAGUUGGGGAAGAGCGCAAGAAUUCGGAACACCUGCGUCUUUGGAGGGGCCCCCAAAGGCCCGCAAGCGUUAGACCUGCUGGAUGGGGUGGAGAUCGUAAUUGCCACGCCAGGUCGUCUGAUUGACUUCCUCGAGAGCAACAGAACCAAUCUGAAGCGAUGCACCUACUUGGUCUUGGAUGAAGCAGACCGGAUGCUUGACAUGGGGUUUGAGCCUCAAAUACGGAAAAUUAUUGAGCAGAUUAGGCCCGAUAGGCAGACGCUUAUGUGGUCCGCCACGUGGCCAAAGGAGGUGCAGCAGUUGGCGUCCGAAUUCCUGAAAGACUACACCCAGAUCAACGUCGGCUCAUUACAGCUGUCGGCCAAUCACAACAUUUUGCAAAUAAUCGACGUGUGCCAGGAGUACGAGAAGGAGUCCAAGCUCAGCACCUUGCUGCGCGAAAUCAUGGCGGAAAAGGAGAACAAGACGAUCAUUUUUAUGGAGACCAAGCGCAAAGUUGACGAUGUCACGCGCAAAAUGAAGCGCGAUGGCUGGCCGGCAGUUUGCAUUCACGGCGAUAAAACCCAACAGGAGCGCGAUUGGGUGUUGCAAGAUUUUCGAAGCGGAAAGGCGCCCAUUCUGGUCGCCACGGAUGUGGCCGCACGCGGAUUGGAUGUGGAAGACGUGAAGUUCGUCAUCAAUUUUGACUAUCCAUGCAACUCGGAGGAUUACGUGCAUCGGAUUGGGCGCACAGGCCGCUCCCAGCGAACUGGCACCGCCUACACAUUCUUCACGCCACAGAACUCCAACAAGGCCGCCGACCUCGUGGCCGUGCUGAAGGAGGCGAAGCAGGUGAUCAACCCCAAGCUGCAAGACAUGGCGGAGCAUGGCGGCCAAGGCGGCGGCAGAAGCCGGUGGCGACGAGGCGGCGGCGGAGGAGGAGGAGGUCGGAAUGGGCGCGGAGGCCCACGAUCGCCAUCCCGCUCACCAGCGCCGCGCCGUGGGCGUCGCGACAGGGACAGAAGCCGUAGCAAGAGCAGGAGCGUGAGCAGAAGCAGGUCGGGCGAUCGCAGACGUAGGCGCUCCUACUCGGAUAGCUCCUCUUCCAGCAGCAGUCGCUCCAGAUCCAGGAGCCCUCUGGCAUCCAGGGGAAGCUAUGCAGGAAAGCCGCGGUCGCCCCCAAAGUUUGCAGGCAGCGCUCAAAGGACCACCCCUAAGCCGCAGCCCCCCAAGGAGGAUAAACCGCCGUCGCACCACUUGCGCAAUCACCUGGCGCUGCACAACCAAAUGCAGGCGCAACUGGCGCAGCAAGCGCAGCCUACAAUGCUUCACGCUCACCAUAUGCAGUAUCACUUGCAGGACCUGCAAAACCAACAUCCAGCAACGAUGGCGCAUAUUCAGCAGCCGCCGCUGCCGCCUCCGGCUUCCAAAUUGUCGCAACCGCCGCCCCCGCCCACCAGUCAGGCCUCGGCCCAGUCUAUGAUGGGCUAUCAGACGCAUUUGCCGCCGCCGCCGGGCGUGUCGCAUUUCCAGAACUACCAAAUGCCUGGGAUGAUGUUUAACGCGCCGCCUCCGCCGCCCCCAAAUUCUACCGGGCAAAAUCAGACGCAGAUGUACUAUCACUCUUAUGGCCCACCUCCGCCAUCCCACUAGGUGGUCAACGUGCGUCGAUAUAUCAACUUUUUUCUAACUCGUUCUUGUAUUCUAACAGAGGCAAGUCUUGUCUCUGAUUCUUAUUUGGGAACAGUCCAGGACUAAUUCGGUUUGUAAAUAUCCCUUGAUUGCUUUAGAUUACCUCAGAUCUGAAGGUGUUCUUAGCCAUUUGUGGACGUGAAUAAAUAGAUGUAGUCAA